AUGCAGAUGGGAGGAAACAAAAAUGAUAUCUUUUCUUUCUUUUUUUUAUUCUUUCUUUUUAUCUUUUUUUUUCCCCCUUUCCUUAUUUUUUUUCUUUGCUUCAUACAAAUAGGAGGAAAUAAAAAUAUUUUUUACUUUUUAUUUUUCUUUCUUUUUUCUUUUCUUUUCUUUUUUCUUUUCUUUUCUUUUUUCUUUUCAUUUUUCCUUUUCUUUUUUCCUUUUUUUUCCUUUUUCUUUUUUCCUUUUCUUUUUUUCAUUUUUCCUUUUUUCUUUUUUCCUUUUUCUUUUUCCUUUUCUUUUUUCCUUUUUUCUUUUUUCCUUUUCUUUUUUCCUUUUUCUUUUUCCUUUUUCUUUUUUUCCUUUGCUUUUUUCCUUUUCUUUUUUCUUUUUCUUUUUUCCUUUUUCUUUUUUCCUUUUUUUUCCUUUUUCUUUUUUCCUUUUUCCUUUUCUUUUUUCAUUUUUCCCUUUUCCUUUUCUUUUUUCCUUUUCCUUUUUUCCUUUUUCUUUUUCUUUUUCUUUUUCCUUUUCAUUUUUCCUGUCUCUUUUUUCUUUUUCUUUUUUCCUUUUUCUUUUUCCUUUUUCUUUUUUUCUUUUUUCUUUUUUUCCUUUUUCAUUUUUUUCGUUUUCUUUUUUUCCGUUUUCUUUUUUUCCGUUUUUUUCCUUUUUUCCGUUUUUUUCCUUUUUCUUUUUUUCCUUUUUUUCUUUUUUCCUUUUUCUUUUUUCCUGUCUCUUUUUUCCUGUCUCUUUUUUCCUUUUUUCUUUUUCUUUUUUCCUUUUUCUUUUAUUUCCUUUUUCUUUUAUUUCCUUUUUCUUUUUUUUCUUUUUUCCUUUUUCUUUCUCUUCUUUCUUCCUUUUUCUAUUUCUUCUUUUUUUCUUUUUCUUUUUUCUUUUCUUUUUUUUGAUUCAUGUAGAUAG